AUGAAAGAGUCUGUCGGCGAAGACGUUUGGCUUGAGUUAAGAGAAUCAGCUGUAGGCAUGAUUAUCAAGCUGAAGGAGUUGGAGUACACUUGGUCUGCAAAACAUGUUCAUUAUUUUCUGGUGAAUCAAUUGGCGAUUCAGUACAGUCAUGAAGUUUGGUCUUUGAUAGAAGACCAGUCAUUGAGGUUCUCUCUGUAUGAGUUUGAAGAUAUUACAGGGUUAAAUUGUGAUCCCUUUGAAAUGCAAGAACAAUGGGAUGUGGCUCAUGAAGACUUUUGGGUGGAGAUGAAAGUUCCAAUUUCUGAAGGACCCAAGUUGAAUGAACUUCAAGCCCUUUUUCCGAUCAUCAGAAAUUGGCCUAGAGAGAAGCGUGUAAUGGUUGGUUUGUUGUGUCUACUAUCCAUUGGCAUAUUUGGCAUUUCAAGCAAUAGUAGAAUACCUCUGCAUUUGGCGAAAAGGGUGAUGGAUCCAGCAGCUUUCCAGCGCCAUCCAUGGGGUCGUGUGGCAUUUACCAGGCUUGUGGAUUCUAUUAAAGUGGUGACAUACGAAGAAAAGAGGAGUUACACACUACAUGGUUGUGUUCAUGCAUUGCUUAUUUGGAUAUACGAGUCUGUGCCAGGUUUAGGAGAGAUAUAUGGGCAUCGGAUAGAGGAAGCUGAGGUUCCGCAUCUGUCAUGGCAUGGUUCUUGUCAGCGUAUCAACUUCCCAAACUUCUGUGCACAAGAAAAGAAAAAAUAUCAGAAGAUUCGUGUAAGGCAUAUGAUUGUAAAGGCAAUGGAGGAUAGAUAUCCGAAAUGGGGCGAAGAUAAACCGCCUGAUGAUUUGGAUAACAUGAUAGUUGACAUCCUUAAUGAUCAGCUAAACGACAAGUUUUGGGAUGUAGUGCCACUUACCAAGUGCCAGAAGAGAAAAACUCAAGUCAGUGCACCUAGUGUUCCCGAAAGAGUGGAUACGAGCCCCUCCACAAAACGAAGGAAGGAGAAAGAAACUGCACCAGAAAUGGUAUGUAUCACAUGUUAUUGAACAUUUUCGUUUUGUUAGUAUCUAAAUUUUUUUGGUUUGUGAGUUUUGAAGGAAGAAUCUCAUA